GAAGCUCUGGAGCAUGUCUCGGAAGGCAACUUUGAAGUUGGAACCGUGGGAUCAGGGCAGGUUUUUGGUUGUUUUUCUUCACACCCGAAAAUGGGCACCCGAAAUGUCUUGCGAUGCCCUCGAAAGCAGGCCCAGCAUCUUAUGCUUCAGUUUUAAUUUGACUAUCGAAAGGUGAAUAUGGGCCGAUUGGAUCUGGUGUGUUUACUGGCGAUCGUGCUGUUGGUGCAUUCGUGCAAUGGACAGGACAUCUUGGGAUCAUACUUCAGGUGUCGUAAUGAGUUUGAAAUCGAACCGAGUGUGUUUGAAUCGUUGCGUGCAGGGAACUUCUCCGUGAGGAACUCUCUCGUGGAGUGCUUUGGCGAGUGUUUUGUGAAACGAGCCGGAUUUAUGAACGACAACUUCACUUUCAACCGGGACACGAUCAUGCGCUUUACGAAUCGCUUCGUCUCGAAGGAGAUCUCCGAGAAGGUGUACAACAUCUGCACCGAUAACGUGACACCGACGUACUGCGUCACUGCGUUCGACGUGUACCAAUGCAUCUACGAGAAUGUGUACAAGAGGUGGGACAGCCGAAAAUAGGCUGUGGAUGAGUGGUGUGUGUGUGUGGUGCAAAAAUGAUGAUCUGAAUAAACCUGUUUUCUGUACAGGAAGUGUGUUCAGUCUGUUGUUCUGAGUAUGGUGGUACGAAGAAAAGAACGAAAUGUUUGAUUUGCUUACAUUUGUCUCACACACGCUCACAAUAAUCAGAAAGCGCUACAUCUUACCGUACCGGUGGAGUAAAUAUAUUCCGGACACCCAAAGUUAUCGCACCGUCAAUCCGUCCGUUCGGGGGCAUGUACGACCCAUCGAUCGACGGUAUCGGGAGCAUCGGUAGAACCGUUAUGUUUCCUACAUUUCGCGCCCGAUCCAUACCAAACACUCCCCGCUCCGACCGGGAACUCUCA